UCGAGCUGGGAGCCGCCGAAGCUUGUCUGGACGCCACACGGUGCUUGGCACUUCGGUUAGCCAAUAGGAACCAAAAGGUCUAUUUGAAUCGGCCAAUGCUGGUGGGGAUAAGGGCGGGGCUUGUGAGCUCUAUAAAAGUGGCUGCGGGCCAGGCAGGCGGUGGGGGAGGUUACGGUAGCGGUGGUUUUCGCAGCGUUUGGAGCCUGCCCUGCACACCUCGGGUCUGACCAGUUCAUCGUUGUGCUCCUGCGCCAGCCUACCCCGCUCCUCGGCGCCAUGACCACCACCACCACGUUCAAGGGUGUCGAUCCCAACAGCAGGAAUAGCUCCCGGGUUUUGCGGCCUCCAGGUGGUGGAUCCAAUUUUUCAUUAGGCUUUGAUGAACCCACAGAGCAGCCUGUGAGGAAGAACAAAAUGGCUUCCAGCAUCUUCGGGACACCUGAAGAAAAUCCCCCUUCUUGGGCCAAGUCAGCAGGUGCCAAGUCUAGUGGGGGCAGGGAAGACUUGGAGUCAUCUGGACCCCAGAGAAGGAACUCCUCGGAAGGAAGCACUGGAGACUUCUUCGACUUGAAGGGAGAAGGUGACAUUCAUGAAAAUGUGGACACAGACUUGCAAGCCAGCCUGGGGUCCAGCGAAGAGAAGCCUGUGCCCGCCGCGCCCGUGCCCAGCCCCGUGGCCCCGGCGCCCGCGCCGUCCCGGAGAAACCCCCCUGGCGGCAAGUCCAGCCUGGUCUUGGGUUAACUCCCUGUCCUGAACUCUGUCGUUUUGUUUGUUCGUUUUUCUCCAUGCUUGUGAACUGCACAACUUGAGCCUGACUGUACAUCUUUUGGAUUUGUUUCAUUAAAAAAGAAGCACUUUA